AUGUCCAACACUGCCACCCACACCCCUUUCACCCCCAAGAACGCCUCAGAAUGGACCCAAUCCGACCUCUCAUCAUACAACAUAACACUCAUCGACCAAGAUCGGACAGCGUUCUUCGACUUGGGCGGCCGCCUGCCCGGCUUGCCGAUGUCGCUCGACGCGCUCGCUGACACGGCCGAUCGCGAGGCGGCUGUGGACGUGGAUGACGAUUACGAGACGGAGAAGUACCUCCACAUUUUGGAGCUUGCGUGGGGUGCUUCUCGGAAUGCUGAGAGUAGGGGAGAUGGGCAAGGACGAGGGCAGGGAAGGUGGCGAGGAGCGCGGCUCGAGUCGGUGAUGACGACGUUCGUCGAGCGGCUACUGCUCAAGCUGGGAUACGACACCGAGCGCAGUCUCCUCCUACACGGGGUUGGGCUUCCCCUCGCCAUCGCCGGCACCGAGCGCCUCACCCGGCCCUCGCUAUCAAUGUGGGACGCCGACGAGCUCGUCACUCUGCUCGUCCAGACCGACCUCUCCCCCUCCCCCCUCUCCCCGGGGUCGGGGUCGGAGAAAAUCGACCCAGAAGCUGCUCUCAUCGCCUCCGCUAUCUCCUCGUUCCAGUACAACAACCGGACGCGUGUUGCCUCCCAAUCUACGCCGUUCAGCACGAUCGUGCUUCCAGGGGUCGCGUUCACAGGGACGACGCCGACUUUCUAUCGUAUCGCCGUCACGGAGGCAUUGAGCAAAGCUGUGGAGAGUGGGCAGCCACCCGAGGAGGGUGUGGAAGUGCAGCGAUACGUUCCGGAGCUCCCAGGGGAGAAGAGCGAGGGGAUGCUGGAUGCGCAGAAUAGGCAUUUGCUGCUGCAAGAGUUUUUGGCAUUUACGGUCUGUGUUGAGGUGAACAAGGAAGAAACGAUGGCGUAUGUGUAG